UGUACAUUCAAAAUUCGUCACAGUUUCGUCGUAGUCGGCGCAACGCAAAUAUUGUUGUGCUUCCAUCUUUUUAACUUACCUCUGUGUUGCUUUCGCUGCUAUUAGUCAAAGGCACAAUUGUAAAUGAUCCCUUACUUGCGGUCACUUGGAGCUUCGUCGUUCAUUACUUUUUACGGUUGUGCUCGACAACAAACUAGACCGAACACCCGGACGUUCUCGACCUACCGAGCUGGGCGUCAUGGCCACACUGCACGAGGCCAAAGGCGCGCCCUUCAUGCGUCUGCAUCCCUGUCUGCGCCUCCGAAGGACCCAUAUCAGGUUUUAGGCGUCAAGAAAGAUGCAUCUCCGGCGGAAAUCAAGAAAACGUAUUUUUCUCUCGCUCGAAAGUAUCAUCCGGACACGAAUCCUGAUAAAGGAGCGCAGGAAAAGUUUGUGGAGAUACAAGAAGCAUAUGACAUUCUGAAAGACGAGAAAAAGAAGGCUGCAUACGACCAAUAUGGCGCUGCGUCACAGCAACCAGGCUUUGACCCUAAUGCGUUCGCCCGAAAUCCAUUUGCAGGAGGUGCCAGCGGGUUUUCCGAUUUCAGAGACUUCAGCGAGGCAUUCGGUGGAAGUUCGAGUCAAGGCGAUUUAUUCUCGCAGUUGUUCGGUGGUGCCUUCGGGGGUCGAGCUCGCUCUGGGUUUGGCCAGAGUACAAGAGGAGCAGACAUUGAGGCACGCAUCAACGUCUCAUUCUUGGACGCCUGCAAAGGAACAACUCGUAGUGUAAAUGUCAAUCCUCUGACAACGUGUUCAACGUGUGCUGGUACAGGCCUGAGACAUGGUGCCAAGCGUGCACCUUGCGGGUCAUGCAACGGUACUGGUACAAAGACUUUUGUGAUAGACAGUGGGUUCCAGAUGGCAAGUACUUGUGGAACAUGCCUUGGUUCUGGUUCUACAAUUCCACGCGGAAGCCAAUGUGUGGAUUGCAGCGGCCAGGGUUAUGUGCGAACGAAGAAAACUAUCAAUGUAGAUAUUCCACCAGGGGUGGAAGAUGGAAUGACCAUCCGCAUCCCAAAUGCAGGCGAUGUGCCAUUAUCUGGCAAGGGUAGUCACGGGGACUUGCUCGUCAGGGUCAAUGUUGCCCCAUCCAAAGUUUUCCGCAGGCAAGGCGCAAACCUUCACCACGAAGUGCGGAUACCCUUGCAUACUGCUGUCUUGGGCGGCCGUGUACGUGUGCCGACACUCGACGGGAACGUGGACGUUCGUGUACCCAGUGGUACUCAGCAUGGCGAGGAGAUGGUCCUAAGGAGCCACGGCGUCCCGUCGGUUUUCGGUGGUGAUAAGGGUGAUCUUUUUAUUUCUUUCUCCGUGCAACUUCCAAGAUCUUUAACGAAGCGACAGCGCGAGAUUUUACAGCAGUAUGCAGACGACGUCGAAGGUCGGAGUGACAGUCCAAGACAGGACUCGAUGUCGCCGGGCGGCGCCUCGGGUAGCACCCAGUCGAGUAAACGAGAUGUGAAGGAGACCAGUUCAAUGAGUGAUAACAACGGUACGACUUCAUUUAUUCAUCCGUCACCAUCUUCCGAGGGUGGCUGGGUGUCUCGCACAUGGAAAAGGAUACGAGAGCUUACUGGGUCUUGAUUUAUCCAUAUAUCGGUUCGUCUUGGCGACGUUUCGUUGUCUGCUCCCUGUUGCUUCUCAAUUCAAUCAUCAGAGGAACUGGAUGCCGGGGAUCUGGCGAAAAGCAGUGAGCCAUCGGAGAGCGCGGAGGAUGAGCACAGGAAGAGGGCUACGGCUUAGAGAAGAUCCAUAGAAGCAUAGUGAACUAUACAUUUUUAAUAGGAGAAUUUUCCGCGCGACUACGAUACGAUCUUUGCG